AUGUAUUUACUUGCAUAUAGCCCGAGAAAAAAUUGAAAUUUGUUUCAAGUCUCUUUUCCAUCCCAUUCCAAAAGCUCCAACCCAAGUCAUGGCAUCAGGAGCAGCCAAAUCAGCAGCAUUCAUGCUGCUAAUCCUCAAUCUCUUGCUCUACUUCAUCGUAGUCGUCAUCGCCUCGUGGGCCAUGAAACACGCGAUUGAAAGAACUCACGAAACGGCUUCAAUUCUACCCACACCAGCUCGAAUAUUCCCGAUAUUCUUCCCAAUGGGGAACAUGGCUACUGGUCUCUUCAUCUUGUUCGCCCUCAUUGCUGGCGUUGUUGGGAUGACAACCUCAGCCACAGGCAUUCAGGAUGUCGCUCGUGGAACCGCCCCGACUCUUCACUCUGCAGCUGCCUCCUCCCUCAUAACUCUCUUCCUCAGCCUCCUGGCAAUGGGACUUGCGUGUAAAGAAAUCAAUAUCGGGUGGACGGAAUCAAAUCUGCGAACCCUGGAGGUGAUAACGAUAAUCGUGACCUUUACGCAACUCUUCUGCGCUGGCGCAAUUCAUACUGGAGUCUCGCAACUUACUGCACUGUAUAGGGCCGAAGGAAGGAUAUGAAGUGAAUGAAUUCCAAUGCCGCAUUGACAUAAAAAAUAGUCAUAUUUGUCCGUGUGUAUGUAUAUUUAUACGUAUAAUAUGCAUGUAUAUGCAUAUAUGUUCUUCGGGUAUUAUCGGCACAUUGACCUUUGUUUUCUUUUUUCUUUUUCUGCCCAUUCUUUUUCGUGCAAGCUUGAUGGUAUGAGUUGUGAAAACAUUUUUUUCCAAUAAAACCAUGUGCAUGUUAUACGGU